CGUAACGCUCCCGGCGGCGAAGCGAGCGGCGGUGACCAUAGCAACCCCGCCGUCGACCAGGCCCGCCUCUUGCCUUGCUUUGCCUGCGCAGAGGAGGGAGACGGGAACAGCCGAGAGGUGCCAGUCCCCCGGGGCAGGCCCUGCAGGCAAGGCGCCGGCAUCCAGGCCGGGAACAUGGGAGUCAGGAUGGAGGAAAGUGGAGACCGCAGGAGGAGGCGGAGCUGCCCAGUAAUUGAAUAUCUGACCAUUCCUAGGUAUGGACUAGCAAGCCCAUUUAAAGGACAUUUAAGUACAAAAAGUAAUGCUUUCUGCAUUGACUCCUCCUCUCGCAGACUCAGUAAUCAGUACCUCAUCAGGGAUCACAUGGCUGUUCACUACAAUAAAAUACUUUCAGCCAAAGCUGCUAUAGACUGUUCAUUACCAAAAAGCAGAUUAAACAGCAUAAAAUUUUCAGAUCAGCAACGAAGAGAAAAACUGAAGAAAGAGGUAGAAAAAUGUGAGAAGGAGAUGAUUUCAUCUAAACAAGUGUCCCGAUCUAGUUCCAGGGAGAGUAGAAGACUGCUGUCUGCCACCUAUAGAAAAGAUUCAUCAGAACCAGAAGACAAUGAGCGACUACCCUUAAGUGCAUCAUGUGAACAGCGGUGUGUGUUGAGCUCCCUAUCAACUCCAGAGAGGCAAAGCACAGUCCUUCAAAGUACAGAAAAAACAAACAAAAAAGCUGGUCCGAAAUUUUCCAACGUAUCAGUUGAAAGCUCAGGCUCCAGCGGUUCAAGCCUACAAAAAUUGCACUCCAAAAUUUCCUGUAGUUCUUCUGACAUUACUGCAAGCAAGCAUUCUUCAAAAGCUCAGAACCCUGAAUCCAAAAUAUGUAGUGGGGAUCUCCUCGACAAGCAUUCCCAACAUUUUACCAAUGGUCAGCAACCAUUCACUCCACGGACUUUAAAGUCAGAUGCUAAAUCCUUUCUUUCACAGUACAGAUACUAUACCCCAGCAAGACGGAAAGUAAGGGAUAUUCUAAAGCAACAGAUGGAAGCAGAAACACAAAUUGACAUAAUCAGUUUUCAAGCAGAGUCUGAAGGAGCCGAAAAAAAGAAUUUGCCUGAUUUUCAGAAGAUCACAAAGGAGGUAGAAGACACCAUGUCUUCUAAUGCACAGAAGUCUGAUGAAAUGAAAACUAUUUCUCAGUUAUCCUUUCCAAGAGCAAUUUCUCCACAUUCUGUUCAGUCCCCAACCAUGAGAAAAAUCCAGGCUGAAGAAGAAGAACUGCUGUAUUUAAAUUUCAUUCAGGACAUAACAGAUGAAAUUCUGAAACUUGGAUUAUUUUCCAACAGGGCUUUGGAAAGGUUGUUUGAACGUCACAUAGAACAAAACAAGAACCAUUUAGAUAAGAACAAAAUGCGCCACCUGCUGGAGAUUCUAAAAGUAGACUUGGGCUGCAGCAAGGAGGAAAACUCCAUAGGGGUGUCCGACGUAUAUAGGCAUCUACAGAAUGAACCAGCAGAGCACCUUCAACUUCCCAGUACAGCCCAGAGCAAAGUGUCAAAAAGUGAAGAGCUUUUAAAUGCAAUGGAUUUAAUAGCAAGUGACCCCACCAUACACAAUGAUAAAUUCCAGAAAGUGGAAGACCAGGAUGAAAUUUCCCAAGAUAUCAAGGAAUUACUGAACAUUGAGCUGAAUCCCCCCUCCUUGAAGACUGAUGAAACUCCAGAUACCACAUGUCCAUUGCCACCAACUUCUAGUUCAACCAUAUGUGAUGCUGACUUUGAAACAAGUGAAUCUUUGAGAGAUGUUGAUGAAGUGAAAGAAAGCAUGGCGGAAUGCCUUCCCAUCUCUUUGGACAGUGUCCAUUGGUAAACAACCAGCAGCAAAGCACCAAACAGGGCAGUUCAUCUAGUCAGCAGUGCAGAGAUCUGAACUUUGAAAAUUAAAUAAAAUGCUAGCAAAUCAGCCUUUUAAAAUUUUCUCUUUGGAUGCUAUUGCAAAAGAACUUGAAAUAUUAGAAGUCAGACUUUUCUGAACUGGGCACUAAACCAUUGUAAGAGACAGUAGACAAAUUUGUCACGUGUAAUAUAAUGCAGUGUUAUUUACUGCUGAAAAACCUGGGCAUAUAAUUUUGUGGUAUAACAUUUAUUUUAAAGGGUAGUAUAUUUAUCAAAAAACAUUUAUAAUAAAUGACUAUAAUAUUUGCAGUAGUAAAAACUGUCUCUAAAUUAAUAUGCCUGCCCUUCUGAAUUCCAUUGCAGUAGGUAUAUACCCUGAUCCAGUAAUUUCUUACAUCUGUGCAGACAUCUAUUGAUACAUGCUGUUUAGUGAACCAGGAUUGUUUUGUCUGUUUUUCAUGGAGAAGAAUCCUCCUCUGAAAUGCAAUAUUCAGAUGAAGGACUAAUCCUUUCAGCUUUUAAAGCAGGAAUCAGUUGAUGUGAGGGACUGAUUCCAGCCUUUGUCUUACCAACAAUGGAUGAUCAUGCAGUCAUAGUGUUAAACGGUUUUCUGAUGUCUUCUUUCACUUGCAGCUGGAAGGAGAAGAUUAACUUACUGCUGUUUGCAUGAUGAUAGUAGUUCUCUAUCAGGGGUGGUUAAUAUACUGAUCAGUCAAGCCUUUAGACAAUAGUCCAAAUACAAGUAGUGUGUUUUAUUGCAUAAAUUGGGAACUCUCUCCAAAUAGGCUCCAUAAUAAAGUUCCCACCACAUAAAACAGGGUGUGAAGACCUUGAGGAACUCCAUCUGUUAAGAUUUUAAUUUCCAUUCACUCUGAGUAUCAGGAAGAAAGAGAGGUUGCGCAACAAAACAAAAGCAGAAUCACUCAAGCAUGCAUAUGCACAUGCCCGCAACACUGUGAUAUAUGCACAGAAGGAAUAGGGCUUGUGUUGCAAUAGCGUGAUGCUUUCAACAGACUGAUCAAUCUGAUACCUCCCUGUGGAUGCUGCUGUAUGACAUCAUGGGUGGUAAUGGGUCUAUUUGAAGGUGGGCAGCAAAACGUUCCAUUUUGGUCCUGCUUCUUUGCUGCUUCUCUUGGUCUUGUGGCAAAGAAUUGUUACAGCAACUAAUUUUUUUCCCAGAAAGCAUCCAGGAAUAACACAGUAUUGUUCCAAUAGUCUUUGUUGAAUGAAUUAUGAAAAUAGUGUCCACCUACUGAUAACACUGGAAAAUAGGUAUGUUUACGCUGCUUUUCAGUCAAAAGCUCUGUGGAAGAACAAUUUUUAAAAUGUAGUUGUCCACAGACAUGCAAGCUAAGGGACAUGAUCCAAAAGCAAAUAGAAAUGAUGAGAGAAAAGAGAAAAUGUUUUUCCUUUCCUAAAGUUUAUAAAAUUUCUUACCCAAACUAGCUUAAAUGGAAACUUUAGACAAAAGACACACUGAAGCCAAUCUUAAUUGGCCUGGGUCCUUUCUCUUAAAUUUUCUGCAGCUGGAUGGAAUGGCCAUAGCUAGUUGGCUUUUGGUGAAAAGAGAUUCAGAGGAAGCAAACCAUGGCUGAGUUAAUCAAGAGUAAGCAAAUAAUGUGAUCACACUGAAUCUAGCUGGUAUUUGUAUCAGGCUCAGAUUAAACAUAUGAAUGAGCUGAGUUGACAAAAUUUAAUUCUAGAAAUCUUUGUUUUAUAUUCAGAAACCUGUUUUCUGUUCGACUGAAAGCAGCUGUGUCCGCAAAUGAACUUCGAAGUUCUAAAUUUACUGAAGGAACAUGGUGUCCACUUUAGAACUACUAAUGAUCAUCUCAACUGAAGGGAUCCAAAA